CGGGAGGGAGUAGAGGCCGGGGCAGAGGGCGAGGGCGGAGGGCGCUGGCGGCGGAGGCCGCAGAAGAUGAGCAGCAGCUGCUCAGGGCUGAGCUGGGUCCUGCUGGCCGUGGCUGUAGCCCUGGUGUCCGCCGUCUCCCCCUGUCCCCAGGCCUGGGGCCCCCCAGGUGUCCAGUAUGGGCAGCCUGGCAGGUCCAUGACACUGUGUUGCCCUGGAGUGACUGCUGGGGCUCCGGUGUCCUGGUUUCGGGAUGGGGAGACAAGGCUGCUCCAGGGACCUGACUCUGGGCUAGGGCAUGAACUGGUCUUGGCCCAGGCAGACAGCACUGACGAAGGCACCUACAUCUGCCGGACCCUGGAUGGUGCACUCGGGGGCAUUGUGACCCUACAGCUGGGCUACCCCCCAGCCCGCCCUGUUGUCUCCUGCCAAGCAGCUGACUAUGAGAACUUCUCCUGCACUUGGAGUCCCAGUCAGGUCAGCGGUUUACCCACCCGCUACCUCACCUCCUACAGGAAGAAGACAGUACCGGGAGCUGAUGGCCAGAGGAUGAGUCCGUCCACAGGGCCCUGGCCAUGCCCACAGGAUCCCCCAGGGGCUGCCCGCUGUGUAGUUCAUGGGGCAGAGUUCUGGAGCCAGUACCGAAUAAAUGUGACUGAGGUGAACCCCCUGGGGACCAGCACACGCCUGCUGGAUGUGAGCUUGCAGAGCAUCUUGCGCCCUGACCCACCCCAGGGGCUUCGGGUAGACUCGGUACCUGGCUACCCCCGCCGACUGCGUGCCAGCUGGACGUACCCUGCCUCCUGGCCCCGCCAGCCCCACUUUCUUCUCAGGUUCCGACUGCAGUACCGUCCAGCUCAGCAUCCAGCCUGGUCCACGGUAGAGCCGGCUGGAUUGGAGGAGGUGAUCACAGACGCCGUGGCUGGACUGCCCCAUGCUGUACGGGUCAGUGCCCGGGACUUUCUGGAUGCUGGCACUUGGAGCGCCUGGAGUCCCGAGGCCUGGGGGACUCCAAGUACCGGGUCCCUACCGAAGGAGAUACCAGCUGGGGGACAGCCACAGAAGCAGCUGGAGGAGGAGCCUCAGGCAGACAGCCCCACUCCCCCCAGGCCCUCACUCUUGCCAGACCCACAGCCACUUGACCAGAGAGAUCCCUUGGAGCAGAUAGCAGUGCUGGCAUCUUUGGGAAUCUUCUCUUUCCUGGGACUGGCAGCUGGGGCCCUGGCACUGGGGCUCUGGCUGAGACUGAGACCAGAUGGGAAGGCCGGACCCCAAAAACCUGGGUUCUUGGCUCCAGUGAUUCCAGUGGACAAGCUUCCAGGAGCCCCAAACCUGUAGAUGACCCAGGAGGGCUUCAGCUGAUUCCACCUAUAACUCUGUCUUGCUGGUGUGGAUGGACAGACAGAUAGAACCCAGGCAGAAUAGUAGAUCCCCAUGGAGGCAGGGGGGCGGGAGUGGUCUCAGCUGGAGGUUCUGUUUGGAGCCUAUUUCUAUCAGAUUGUUCGAAACUUGCCAGCUGAAAGGUGCCUGGACUUCUCAUUUCAUCUCAGAGUUGGAGGUCCACCUGAGGAAUGUGUGUAGAUAUGUAUGUUUGUGUCCAUGUGUGCCCAUGUGUAUGUGAAAUAGGAACAUGUGUUCUCCAAAUGUAUGCAUGUAGGUGCCUGGGGAGUAUCUGUGGCUCCUUGGCGCUUGGCUUUGCCCCUGGAGGGGUUUGUGAAGAUGUGAAUAAAGAGAAUGAAGAGGU